AUGCGUCGACUCACGGCGCAGCUUGAUGCUGUGCACGAGGCUUCAAAACAGGAGGUCGCCGAGUUCCUAAUGAGACAUCAAUUAGACAUCGUUGAUGCAGGUCUCGUUGUGCUUAAUCGACUGAAGAAGGCCGUACGAGACUGUGUCGAUGAUGUCUAG